AUGACUUUGUUCCCCACCAAGUUUGAAAAUGGGAAGAUUGAGUACAAGAUAAGGUACAAGGGGAGAUCAAGGCCAUUCUCUAGAGCCAAAGCCUUGGUGACUUCAGAACAGUCCAGGGACCCAACCAAGCUAAAGGAGCUUCUGUCUCAAGUCCUCACUAUCACCCUUGAUGGUGUCAAGAGGAGCCAGCUCGACCGACAGCUCGAUCGAGCUAGAAACCAGGGCAACUCGAUCGAGCUUCCCAACUCGACCGAGUUUCGUUUGGGUUCUAGUUUACUGUUCUUCAAUUCAUCAUUCAAGCAAGGUACUUUAGUGAAGAAACAGAGUAACAAGGAUGACAAACAGUGA